AAAGCAGUAAUUUUGUGGGCAUAUGAUCCUCCGGAAAGGGAUGCAAGACUAGCAAAUGAAGCAUUGAAAGCAAAGAAUAAGGAAGGCACAAAACAACUACAAGUGAUAGUUGAGAUAGCAUGUGCAUCAUCUCCUCAUCAUCUGCAAGCAGUAAGGCAAGCUUACUGUUCUCUUUUUGAUUGCUCCCUUGAAGAAGACAUUGCAUCUACAGUAUAUUUGCCCCUUAGAAAGCUUUUGGUGGGUUUAGUAAGCUCGUACAGAUAUGACAAAGAGUUGGUGGAAUCAAAUUUAGCCAACUCAGAGGCAGAGAAAUUGCAUGAAUCAAUCAAAAGAAAGCAACUAGAUCAUGAUGAUUUAGUGUUUAUCCUCAGCACUAGGAAUUUGUAUCAACUUAGAGCAACUUUCAACUGCUAUCAGCAAAACUAUGGAACUCCUAUUAAGCAGGACAUAAAGAGUUGUGGAAAUGGUGAUUUAGAAUCCUUACUGAAAGUGGUAAUUUGUUGCAUAGAAUCUCCUGAGAAACACUUUGCAAAGGUGAUCGGCGAUUCCAUCAUUGGGCUGGGGACAGAUGAAGAUUCAUUGACUAGAGCGGUUGUGUGUAGAGCUGAACUUGAUAUGAUGAAAAUCAGAGGAGAGUAUUUUAACACCUUCAAAACUAAUCUUGAUGGCGCAGUUGCUGAUGACACUUCUGGGGAUUAUAAAGAUUUCUUGAUGACUUUACUUGGUGCAAGAAUUUGAUGUACUAAAUGUUCUCUUGAAUGGAUUGGUGCAUGAAUUUUAGUUUCUAUUUUCAACAGUGAUACCUGUACCCAUUUCUGUUUAGAAAACUUAAACAGUUUCUUCUUCUUUUUUUCUUGA